AUGCCUUUUAUAUCAUCGAGAUCAGUGGCGAAAAAUUCCUCGCACUCUUUAUCAGAAACAGAUCUGAACCAUUCCAAAGGACAACUCUCUCAAGCCUCCCCCACAAAGAAAUCAGGGUCCAUGCAGCAACGAAGAAGAUCCUCCACCAUCAAGCAUGCGCUGUCGUCGUUUCUCGGUGGUGCAGCCGCUAAUGCCACCUCAAAUUCCAUCUUGCCCAAAAGUGUGAAAAACGGCACUACCAACUUCAACAUCAGAAGCAGCCAUACAGACGCCCAGCUCUCGGGUAAAAAGCAGAACAAACAGCUACCCCAAGAAGCUAGACGACAUAGCACUACCGCCGUUACAGGCCCCAACAAUGAUAACGGCACCACCUCUCCGAGGUCCUCGACCUCGGACACUAACCGCCGGUCCCUGGGACGGUCGUCGGUAGAUCAGGACCCUCGGACCGCAGGCGUUCGCUAUUCGCAGAUUGAAGAGGAUAGCGAGGUCCUGGAUUUCGACGAUGACCACAAUUCAUCGGCCGUGGUGUCGAGCGACCUAUCGUCGGCUUCCUAUACAAGACUGACUAGCUCGAAAAAAAAAUUCAAUAAGCAAUUUUUGUCAGAAUAUCUAACCGCUAGAGGUCUAUUGAGCCCCAAAGCAGUUCUUUCGAAUGACGACUUGAAAAUUUCCAUCUCCACGAGCGGCGAAAGCGUUUUCUUACCAACGAUAUCCACGAACGACGACGAGUAUUUGACUAGGCUCAACGGGCUCAAUGACGGAGCAGACGAUGCUGAAGCUGAUUUUUUCCUGGAUGGUCAGGACCAGCCAGACAGCAAUGGUUCUGUUCCCACAAACAAUGACCUGCCCGCGACGACGGCGGCACAGGUCGCAGGAAGUGGCGCGGCAAAUGCCAAUAGGGACACACUUCUGAGAGAGAAUACUUCGGAGGAGCGUCCAAACUUGACUUCUGAUUCCACUUCAAGGUCCGUUGAAAUCGACAGCUCCAUGGUGUCGUAUAGCAUAGCCGUUAUAAUAUCUGUCAAGAAACAAACCCGGUUUGCCGACAUACAACUGGAACUAUGUUCGAGGGUUAAGGUGUUUUGGAAUACAGGCGUGCCCCCAACAAAGACAUUUAACGAAGAAUUUUAUAACGCUGCAUCGAUGAAAUGGAACUUAAACAGCGAAAAUUUCAAUUUGUUUGUACCGUUAAGCAUCUCUCCAGAUGACCAGAUGAUCGAAAAUAACACCAACGAUCGUCAAAUGAGACUUUUCAAAAACAAACCCGUAGAAGAAAGAACCUACUUGGACAAGACGAAAACGAAACAAGACCUCCUAGGCACUAUCGACACCAAAAAAAACUACCUGUACCAACCUGGUGAUUACGUGUUCUUGGUACCGGUCGUAUUCUCCAACCAUGUCCCGGAAACGAUUUACUUGCCCUCUGCACGUGUUGGGUACAGACUGAGACUUGCUACAAAGGUAGUUAAUAAAAAAGGCUUCUACAAUCAAGAUCCGAUUCCCCCUCAAUUAGCCGCAUCGCCUGAUUCUUCUUCGUCGCUAAGCUCUACUUCCUCUUCCUUAAAACUCACCGAAACGRAAUCUGCCCAAGCACACAAGAAGAUCGGAAAUGCCCUAUUCCAUAAGGUAAAGAAUCAUUUGCAUAUGAGUUCACAUCAACUUAAAAGCGAAGGAGCUGGCGAGGAGGACGUUUUUGCAGAGUACCCAUUCAAAAUCAUCAGAACGCCACCACCCGUUGCAGUGUCCACUGCGAAUAAACCGAUAUAUAUCAAUAGGGUCUGGACAGAUUCUUUGUCAUACGAAAUCUCCUUUGCUCAGAAAUACGUGUCAUUAGAUAGCGAUGUUCCCAUAAAGAUCAAAUUGGCACCAAUUUGCAAAAAUGUUUAUGUUAAACGUAUUCAUGUCAGUGUCACUGAAAAAGUUACCUUUGUCAGUAAAGGUUAUGAGUAUGAAUACGAUCAGACAGAUCCUGUCGCCAAAGACCCGUACAACCCUUAUUAUUUGGAUUUUGCCUCCAAGAGAAGGAAGGAAAGAAGUCUAUCCUUGUUUGAAAUCAGAACCAAGGAAAAGGGUGGAAGGGCGCUACGAGAAGAAAUUGUGGAGAAUGCGUUCAAUGAUAAUCUUUUAUCUUACAGUCCCAUAGAUGACGACGGCGAUACUAAAGGCAACCAAAGGGAAAGAAUUGGCAUUACGGAGCCAAUAAUUAUUGAAACAAAUUUGAAGUUCCCCAAAUAUGAAGAUUUAGAUAAAAGAACCGCUAAGAUAAUACCACCUUAUGGAAUUGAUGCAUAUGCAAGUAUUCCCAAUCUCGAACAUGCUCCAACUAACGGACCAUCUCAUCGUCGUCCAAGCGUGAUAGGAUUUUUGUCAGGUCAUAAAAACUCAAAGACUCAUGACGAAAAUGCAAAAACUGUUUAUGAUUCAAAAUUCCACGAAACAAGAAUCAAGACCAAUUCCGGCCUGCCUGUGAAAUCACAUACACGGUUAAACAAGCCCAAAAGAGGUUUAUAUCUGGACAGUUUACAUUUUAGUAACAUCUAUUGUAGACACAAGUUAGAGAUCAUGCUAAGGAUAAGUAAGCCUGACCCUGAAAAUCCAUCCAAAUUAAGGCACUACGAAGUACUGAUCGACACCCCUAUAUUCCUCGUAUCUGAGCUAUGUAACAGUGGUAAUAUGGAACUACCCACUUAUGACAUGGCUACAAUGGACGGCCAAAAUAACCACACUCCUGCUAGUGUGAAUAAUGAUUUUUUUGGAAACACAUGUCCACCUCCACCAACUUUCGAAGAAGCCAUAUCUGUUCCAGCUUCCCCCAUCGUUUCUCCAAUGGGAUCGCCUAAUAUCAUGGCAUCAUAUGACCCUGAUUUACUAUCCAUUCAGCAGUUGAACUUAUCAAGAACUACGUCUAUUAGUGGGCCAUCAGGAUCCAAUGACGAGAGUAGCUUAAUGAACACUAACCGUAACAGUAUUUCGAACGGUAAUGCAAUGAACGGAAAUAUUACAAAUUCCGCGUUUGCUUCUAACAACAGCGGCCAGGGCGUCGCCAGGGCAAGAGCCACAUCAGUCAACGAUAGGUCAAGAUUCAACAACCUCGAUAGAUUAUUGAGCACACCAUCACCUAUCAAUGUGUCGAAUGUCUCUUCACCAGUAAACGGCUCAUCACAAGGGUAUGGGGAUGCCACCAUACGAAAUUCAAACUCUUUCUCUGAAGAGAAAGCUGACAGUUCGAACGCUUUUUUCAAAAAGGGUUACACCCUAUCAAGUGUAAAAGACGACGAAGAAAAAGAUGGAAUAGUUAGUUCGAGUUCGGCAGAAUCAUUAAUUUCUCGUGGUAACGAGUUAUUGAACGAGCCACCACGUUAUGAGGRGAUAGUGCCUUUGAUGAGCGACGAGGAGUAG